UCGUAAGCCAAAGGCCCAAAACCAGCCUCCGUCUCCGUGUCACCCCUGGCUGGCCACAUCCCCCAAACUCCGGUGACUCCGGCGAUGGAGGGCGGCCGCGGGGGGAAGCGAUGGCGCUUCGCGACCCCGAAUCUGGCCGUGGCCGCGGCCGGGGAACGCAGCAUCCAGCGGUACCUCCUUCAGCUGCACGCGUGCCUGGACGAGAACGGGCCACGGCCCGUCAUCCCGCUCAGCCACGGCGACCCUUCCUCCUCCGCCUGCUUCCGCACCGCGCCCGAGGCAGAGGAAGCCGUCGCCGCCGCCGUCCGCUCCGGCGACUACAACGGCUACUCCUCCCCCGCCACCAGCCUCCCUGCUCGCCGAGCUAUUGCAGAGUACCUAUCCUGUGAUCUUCCUUACAAGCUUUGCACAGAUGAUAUUUUCCUCACAUCUGGAGGUACCCAAGCAAUCGAGAUUGUUAUGUCUGUUUUUGGCCAACCAGGUGCCAAUAUAUUGCUUCCAAAGCCCGGGUACCCAAAACAUGAAGCACAUGCGGUGUUCCACAGGAUGGAAGUGCGGCUCUAUGAUCUUGUUCCAGAGAGAGGAUGGGAGAUUAAUGUUGAAGCUGUUGAAGCUUUAGCAGAUGAGAAUACUGUUGCAAUAGUGAUUACUAACCCCAAUAACCCUUGUGGUAAUGUGUACACUUAUGAGCAUCUGUCCAAGAUUGCAGAUACAGCAAGCAAGUUCGGUCUGUUAGUCAUUGCUGAUGAAGUAUAUGGUCACCUUGUUUAUGGAAGCACUCCUUUUGUGCCAAUGGGUGUGUUUGGAGAGACUGUUCCAGUACUCACAUUGGGAGCUAUAUCAAAGAGAUGGGUUGUCCCUGGCUGGAGAUUUGGAUGGAUAGCAAUUUGUGAUCCUAAAGGCAUUCUGAAAGAAACAAAGGUCGUCGAUUCACUCAGAAGCUUUCGAAACCUAACAACAGGUCCUGCAACAUUUAUUCAGGGAGCUAUUCCUCAUAUUAUGAAGAACACAAAUGAUGAAUUCUUCAGAAAGACUCUCGAGUUGUUAAAGGAAACUGCUGAGAUAUGUUUUGGUGAAAUAAAAGAAAUAAAGUGUAUCACCUGUCCUCACAAACCUGAGGGGUCGUUUUUUAUGAUGGUAAAACUUGAUAUAUCACAAUUAUCGGACAUUUGUGACGACAUCGAUUUCUGCAGCAAGUUGGUAAAGGAGGAGUCUGUCGUACUUUUGCCUGGGAGAGCCUUAGGCAUGGAAAACUGGUUGCGCAUCACCUUUGCAUUGGAUCCCCCAAGGCUAAAGCAAGGAUUAGAAAGGGUCAAGUCCUUUUGCCGGAGGCAUCAGUCACAUGCUAAUAUGCUCAAUAUAAGUGCGUCGGCGAAAGUGGAGCCCCAUUUCGGAAUGUCAAAGAGUUAGAGCAAAUACAAUAACAAACUACAAACCAGUUAUCAAUACAUAUAAAGAAGAUAAGAGAGGAGAGAUGAAAAGUGAGCUACAAAUUUUAAAUUUAUAGCCAGCUAUGUGUGUAUAAGAGGUGGGAUAAGAUAAUUUAGUUCCAGUAGUUGGCUAUAGUAUUAAAGUUUCUCUUGUGUAAAGUAGUUGUACAAAUUCUACUUGUACUCCAUUAAUAAAUAUAAAAAAAAUAAAGAGAGGUUUUUCUAUUUAA